GCCUCACCUCCGGACUCGGCCGCCACACCACGAUCAAGCCGCUCCGCCCAGCCUCAAGUCUGAUUCGUAACUCCUCCGAGGACCUGAGGGGACUGGGCAUGCCAAGGGGUGGAACUGAAAGGCUGGGGACGCGGCGGGCGGGUGGGGCUGCCUCCGGGCUGGGCACGCCUCCACGCCGGACUGGACUGGAAGGAAAGCGGAACCUCUCUGCCUAGCGUGCCUCUUUCCGGAAGCUACUUGAGUCUGGACACCAACAUCGGCGACGCUGGGGAGCAGACUUCCGGCGCUCUAUUUUCUCAUCGGGUACGUGCGGCGAGGAAGCGGCGGCGGCGAUGAGACAGAAACACUACCUUGAGGCUGCGGCGCGGGGACUGCACAACAGCUGCCCGGGCCAAGCCCGCUAUCUUCUCUGGGCCUACACUUUGUCGCACGAUGAUAAGAGCACUUUUGAAGAAACGUGUCCCUACUGUUUCCAGUUUUUGGUUCUGGAUAACUCUCGAGUGCGUCUCAAACCCAAAGCCAAGAUGACACCCAAAAUACAGAAACUUCUUAAUCGAGAAGCGAGAAACUAUACACUCAGUUUUAAAGAAGCAAAAAUUGUCAAAAAGUUCAAAGACUCUAAAAGUGUAUUGUUGAUCACUUGUAAAACAUGCAACAGGACAGUGAAACAUCAUGGUAAAAGCAGAAGCUUUCUAUCAACAUUGAAGAGCAAUCCUAUCACUCCUACAAGUAAACUCACCCUAAAAACACCAGAGAGAAGGACUGCAGACCCAAAUCAUGAUAAGUUUGGUUCCAAAGGCAAGAGUCCAGCAUUGAUUUUCAGAACACCUACAUCUGGACAGUCAGUAUCUACUUCCUCCUCAAAGAAUAUGAGUAAAACAAAGAAACAUUUCUCUCAACUAAAAAUGUUACUUAGUCAAAAUGAAUUCCAAAAGAAUCCAAAGGUGGACUUCAGAAAUUUCUUAUCUUCUCUGAAGGGUGGACCUUGAAAAUAAGAAAUGCCUGAUGUCAAUCCUGAAACAAUAGUAAAACAACUUUUUAAACUUUUAUUUCUUGAAUACAUGGAAACUAGAUCUGAAUGCAAACUUUUCUUGGCAUUCUUUGGGAAAAUACCUCAUUAGUAUGAAUACUCGAAACCUGCCUACCUCAUAGGAUGGUUGUGAAGAUCAAAAAAUACAUGAAAGUUCUUCGUAGAUGUGUAUGUAUAGAUAUAUAUGUGUAUGUAUAUAAAGCUAUGUAUGUACAUUGA